CCACUUUGCCUGCCUGUCGUCUAAGUACAUGUGCCCGGGCGUGCCCGCGGUGAUGAGUACCCUGCUGGCCAACAUCAAUGCUUACUACGCCCACACCACCCAGUCCACCAAUAACGUCUCGGCAUCAGACCGCUUCGCCGCAUCCAACUUUGGAAAGGACAGGUUUGUGAAACUCCUAGAUCAGCUCCACAACUCCCUGAGGAUUGACCUAUCUAUGUACCGGAAUAACUUCCCAGCCAGUAGCCCUGAGAGGCUGCAGGACCUCAAAUCCACUGUAGACCUACUGACCAGCAUCACCUUCUUCAGGAUGAAGGUCCAGGAGCUGCAGAGCCCCCCCAGGGCCAGUCAGGUGGUGAAGGACUGUGUUAAAGCCUGUCUCAACUCCACCUAUGAAUACAUCUUCAACAACUGUCAUGAACUCUACAGCAGAGAGUACCAGACAGACCCUGCUAAGGCUGACGUUCCAGAAGAGCAGGGUCCCAGUAUCAAGAACUUGGACUUCUGGUCAAAACUCAUCACCCUCAUCGUCUCCAUCAUAGAGGAAGACAAAAACUCCUAUACACCCUGUCUCAACCAGUUUCCUCAGGAACUGAAUGUGGGCGUGAUCAGUGCAGAGGUCAUGUGGAACAUGUUUGCUCAAGAUAUGAGAUAUGCCAUGGAGGAGCAUGAGAAGAACCGGCUGUGUAAGAGUGCUGAUUACAUGAACCUGCACUUCAAGGUGAAGUGGCUCUACAACGAAUACUGCAAAGAGCUGCCCACCUUCCAGAAACGUGUACCUGAGUAUCCAGCGUGGUUCGAGCCGUUUGUCAUCCAGUGGUUGGACGAGAACGAGGAAGUGUCCAGAGACUUCCUGCACGGUGCCCUAGUGAGGGACACAAAGGACGGG